AUGCCUGCGGUGCCGCUAGUUCAAUUUCGGUGUACACAAGAUAUUACAGUGAUGGUGAGACUGAAGAUAGCAGCUAGUCUUGAAGUAAUUAAGGAAGAUGUCGACAAGAUUAUAGAAGAUGAGAUAACUCAUAAAUUAGGGGAAGAUCUAUUACAAAGUAUUGAGAGAAAGUUCCAAGUGGACCUUGAAAGAUCUGUAGAUAUGGUGCUUAUAAAAAUUAAGCUUUUACUACAGAACGGUACCUUGCAUAUACAGGAUAGACUUUCAGAAAUACAACAAACGUUGGACUUGAUGAGAUCUCACGCGGGAGACAAGGUGGACAAAUGUCUGAACGAAAAACAAAAUCAAACGUCAGCACUAGCAGAAAAAGCCCUGCACCAAAUGGUGGUGUGUGGAUACGCUUUGAUAGGGCAGGACCCCACUCAAGCAGUAGGAAAGGUUGUCGCAAUAAAAGAUAUGAUCAAAUUGGGAGUAAAACCGUGUGACGAAAAUUCGAGCAGUGAUAGAUCAGGUGGAGGACUGACGCGAUACGUGUUCUCAGAGGUACGGAGAGGUGAUAAAGCCAAUUUACCAACUUCGGGCCACUACUUAGAAUUACUUAACAGGAAAAUG